CUGUUGAACACCAAAUCACAACAUAAGCAUAUAUUUUAAUAUAUUAUACGAAUUUUAAUAAGCAUUAAACUGUCAUCAACGCUUGGGAACCUCAUAGCUCUUAGCCCACAAGAGGAAAAUUGUCUUUGUACCUUAUCUUUUUGAUGGUCCAUUUGGUGACUCCACCAAUCUAAACCAUAUGAUCACCAUUCCUCACAGCUGCCACAAGUCAUGGCCACCAUCUUUUCCAAGUACCAGCUCAAAAUCCUGCGCUUCUCUUCUAUUCACAGCCCAAAACUAUCGACCAAAAAUUGCAAACACUUUAAAUGAGAACAAUGAAACAAAACAAUCAUCAGCAGGCAGAAUCAAACGACAGGUUUUAACCAAAGACGGUAGAACCAAACUCGACGCCUUCUCGGAUAGAGAAUUCUAUGCAUAUCCUCGGUUUGUGACCCAUGUGGAUGAUGGUUUCAUUACCACAUUGACCAAUCUUUACAGGCAACGUUUGAGGCCUGGUUCGGAGGUUCUUGACCUCAUGAGCUCAUGGGUCAGCCAUCUACCUAAAGAAGUCAUGUACAAAAGAGUAGUUGGACAUGGACUCAACGCACAAGAGCUGGCAAAGAAUCCUCGGCUGGACUAUUUUUUUGUGAAGGAUCUUAAUCAGAAUCAAGAACUUGAGUUCCAGGAUGGCAGUUUUGAUGCAGUGUUGUGCACUGUCAGUGUGCAGUAUCUUCAACAGCCCGAGAAGGUGUUUUCAGAAGUGUUUCGGGUGCUAAAACCAGGAGGAAUAUUCAUUUUGAGCUUUAGCAAUAGAAUGUUUUAUGAGAAAGCCAUCAGUGCGUGGAGAGAAGGGACUGCAUACAGUCGGGUACAAUUGGUUGUGCAGUAUUUCCAAUGUGUUGAGGGAUUUACACAACCAGAAAUUGUUCGAAAAUUACCAGAGGCUGCUGGUGCUGCUCAAGAGGAACAAUCGCCAUUCAAAUGGUUUAUGAGGCUGAUGGGAUUAUUGUCUGGCUCAGAUCCUUUCUAUGCAGUCAUCGCUUACAAGAACUUUAAGCCUGUAUAAGAAUGAAAUAAGUAUUACUAUGAUUAUAACAAUAUUGUACGUAGUAUAUUGCUUUUGCCUUACCAAAUUGGAUUUGUUGUUUUUUUCUUGAUUCCUUUGUGGAUUACUUCUGUUAUCUGUCUCCAAGUUAAAAAGGGAAAA